UUGUCAGUUUAUUGUAAUUUUCUUCUUUUAUGGUGGUGUUUUUUUUUUUAACUUUUUUCUUUAUCCCAUGUCCCGAACAGUGACGGAAACAGAAUUUACACUAUAGGGGUUCAAAAACGAAAAAGUAAAAAAAUAUGGCCAAUGGAAAUUGAACCACCAACCUAACAAAGGUUGUGAAUCUCCUCGACCACUAAGCUAUGCAACAAACUGAAUUUUGCCUUAUGUGUACAGUAUAGUUUUCCGGCAAAGCCCCUGUCCCCGAAGAGACGGAUUAUCGAGCAAUUUAAAUAAAUUCCCCAACUCUAAGUUGUUCGAUUAAUGACUUUCCAUUACCUGCCCCAAGCUCACUCACGGGAUUUGACCAUUUGGUUCCAGUUUUUCAUGUGUUUUCAAGUGAACCUUUUUCUCUACCUCAAAGACCUAGGAGAGCAGGUCUAUCAGCAUCAUAACUUUUGCCAAAAUUCCAUACAGUUUUCACAAGGAAAGAAUACUACUACAGUAAAUGGAACAAGUUCAGAGCAAUUGACGCAAACACAGAAACCCCCUGUAGUUAUUCUUUAUUUUUUUUCAUGUUUGUGAGGUCAUCUUCUUCUAUAAUAAACAAAUAUUUGUUCACUUUUUUUAAUAUUAAUUUGUAACAAGAAAACAAGUUUGAAUAGUUUAUUGAGUAGACACAUAUGUUCAUGGAUCCCAAGGGUUCAAAGCAGCCGCAGGAGGAGAUAUCAAACUUCUUGAGCCACCCCCAUCCCAAAAAUAUCAAUACCAAUAUCAGCAGCAACAUGGGGGAGAACAAUCCUGCAGAAAUCAAAGAUUUCCAGAUUGAAAUUCCAGACAAAGACGAAAGCAAGAAGCAACAGUUGGCUCCUAAAAGAAGUUCUAAUAAAGAUAGGCACACAAAAGUUGAAGGCAGAGGAAGGAGAAUACGCAUGCCUGCUCUCUGUGCUGCUAGGAUUUUUCAACUCACACGUGAAUUGGGUCAUAAAUCUGAUGGAGAAACAAUCCAGUGGCUGUUGCAGCAAGCGGAGCCCUCCAUUAUUGCUGCAACUGGCUAUGGAACAAUUCCAGCCUCGGCUUUAGCCGUGACUGGACCCUCUGUUUCGCAACAGGGGAUCUCUGUUUCUGCUGGUUUGCAGCAAAAAAUGUGUGAAUUAAGUGGCAGUAUUAGUAGUAGUAGUUUUUGUAGGACCAAUUGGCCUAUGGUUAAUGGGAAUUUUGGGAGACCCCAUUUGGCCACAACAGGAAUAUGGCCCCCAUCAACAACCAAUUUGGCCCCUGAGAGUUCAAAUUAUUUACAAAAAAUUACUAGCCUCCCUGGGUUUGACUUACCAGCCACCAAUUUGAAUCCUAUGAGUUUUACUUCUAUGUUGGGUGCUGCUAAUCCCCAGCAAUUACCUGGGUUAAAGCUUGGAUUAUCACAAGAUGGUCAUAUUGGGAAUUUGAAUUCUCAAUCUUUGAGCCAGAUUUACCAGCAGAUGGACCAUUCAAGAAUGCACCAUUCACAGCAGCAGCAGCAACAACAAAAUCAGCAUCAAUCGCUUUCUCCCGAGGAUGAUUCUCAAGGAUCAGGAUAAUAGAGCUUUUCACAUAACAUAUUCCAAUUUGGGGGUACAUAUAUAAAGUGAUACUGGCGUUUUCUGAGCUAGAGGCUUUUUUGGUGAAUGGUUUUAUUAUUAGGAAAUGUCUUCUUAAAAAGUGCAGAAAAUUUUUGUAUCAUUCAUUUUGCCCUUUAGAUCCAAAUGUCAAGUGAAACGCUUGUAUCUUGUUUGUUGAAAUAAACAUAGAAAUUAUAUAUACACAAGCAAUUUUUUGUCUUCAAUAACUGAUUUAAUCUUUGAAGGGGAACCUUGACGUAACCGGUAAAGUUGCUGCCAUGUGACCUGGAGGUUACGGGUUCAAGUCGUGGAAACAGCCUCUUGUAGGA